AUGACAAUGGAACCCUUGAAAUGCUUUUGGAAAGUUGAUAUAGUGAGGUUUAUUUUUAUAACUCAAUUUUAUGUUUUAUUAGUGCAGGUUCGUCGUCCAGGUGCUUUACAUGGUGGUCCUCGAGCUAUCAAGAAAGCAAUCAAUCUUUUAACGAUUCUUGGCCGAGCUUCACAAGCAGUUGACCUUUACUUGAAAAAAAGGAGCACAGUGCUGCGGACAACUACUCGAGAAUUGACAAUGAGUGAAGAACCAUUGUCGUAUGUACGACAGUUAUCACAACAAUUUUUAGAUGUUAUAUCAGAUGUUGUUAAGGAAUUCUUGAUGCAACCUGAACACUUUUCUCUUAUAUUGCAUUGGUGUUCUGGUGAAUUAAGUGUUAUGCUGUCUUUAAUACGAAAACAUGUUAUCGAGGUGGCACCAACAAUGGCAGUGCUUGCACAUACUUGGCGAAUAUUGAUGAUGCAUUGCGAUAAUUUAAUUACAGUUGGUGUUGAUUUGUCUUUUGAAGUACAUCGUCUGCUUGCACCAUCACUUAAGAUUGCAAUUGAAACAAAUUUUAGCAACAUAAUCGAAUCAGUUCGUCUUCGAGUUUCUGAAGAGCGUUGGAAAGCAUACCAUAUGGAAAGUGAAUCGAAUGUGAAUCGUUUUAUAGAGGAAAUGUCUGAUAUGGGACUGUCAGUUGAUUGGGCACUGUCUACCACGCAGUGUUCUUCCAUUAAUAUUACCCAGAAUGCCUGCCACUUUUCUCGGGUUGCCUUUAUGUUGGCUCGCGACCUUGCAAUGAUAAGAUCUUCACAUUUACGCUAUCUCACUGACUCCUUCAUGGUGAAGCUUUGGAGUGAAUAUUUAAAUCAUUUGAAAAGUGCGCCGCAAUCGUCUUUGCAACAAUAUACAUCAGUAUUUGUUAUUUCUCAAUUGUUGCCUCUCUGUGAUGCAAUCUACGAUGAAUCUGCACCAGGAAUAUUGUCCGAACUUUUGCAAACAAAAUUUGGAAUUUUAUUACGGUAUCGAGGGAAUUUUCAUGCGGCUUCUAGUGACGAAGACGUGGCACAUAUUUAG